GCGACAAAGCAAGACUCAGUAUCCAAAAACAAAGAAGAAAGAAAGAAAGGGCCCUUAUGAAUCAUCUUCAAGUCCCUCCCUUCCAAGAACAGAGAUGCUGGGCAACUUGCCCAGAGGCACACAGCCAGCAUGUAGCAGGAUUUAUGCCUGUGGGAGCUGGGGUUGGGGGAUAUUGGCGGCUUUAGCGGAUCAAAAGAGCAGGUGAGUAGGGCUAUGCAAACUGGGGGUCAUCCUGUGAGAGAGCCCCCAGACUGCUCAGUUCUUAGGGGUCCAGUCAUAUGCUGUCUUUUUGCCCCAGAGAAAUGUCCGAAGUAAGACCCAUCUCCAGAGACAUCUUGAUGGAGAGCCUCCUGUAUGAGCAGCUCCUGGAACCCCCGACUAUGGAGGUUCUUGGAGUGACUGACCCUGAAGAGGACCUGGACCCUAUGGAGGACUUCGAUCCUUUGCAGUGCAUGGAGGGCAGUGACGCGCUGGCCCCGCGGCUGGCCUGCAUCGGGGACGAGAUGGACGUGAGCCUCAGGGCCCCGCGCCUGGCCCAGCUCUCCGAGGUGGCCAUGCACAGCCUGGGUCUGGCUUUCAUCUAUGACCAGACUGAGGACAUCAGGGAUGUUCUUAGAAGUUUCAUGGACGGUUUCACCACCUUUAAGGAGAACAUAAUAAGGCUCUGGAGAUCCCCGAACCCCGGGUCCCGGACUGGCAGGCCCAGGCCACGCUGGCCUCUGGCCAUGUCCUCAGGGCCACUUUCCCCCUCUCCUGAACUCCUUCCUUCUCUGGUCCCCUGGAGCUCCUUCCCAGUCCCCACCUCCCUGGGCUUCCCCUUGGCACUCCGCUGUCACCUGUCUGGCCCCAUUGCUGGGGCCUGCCCCGAGCCUGACUCCUCUGCUUUGCUCCCACAGGUGUCCCGCGAACAGAUGCUGCUGGUGCUGCUGGUGCUGCUGCUGCUGCUGCUGCUGCUGCUGGAGCUGCUGCUGCUGCUGGCGCUGCUCAGCGGGGGCCUGUACCUGCUGCUCAAUUGAGGCCCCGGUGUCUCAGGGCGGGGCGGGCCCCACCCCUGUGACCACUGCCCUGGAGGUGGCGGCCUGCUGCUGUUGUCUUUUUAACUGUUUUCUCAUGAUGCCUUUUUAUAUUUAAACUCUGAGAUAGUGCUGGAACACUGCUGAGGUUUUAUACUCAGGUUUUUGGGUUUUUUUAAUUCCAGUUUUCGUUUUUUCUAAGAGAUGAGUUCCUAUGGCUCCGAAAUUGUUACCUGUUAACUGUGGCCUGUGCCCAGGAAGAGCCAUUCACUCCUGCCCCUGCCCACACGGCAGGUAGCAGGGGGAGUGCUGGUCACACCCCUGUGUGAUGCCCUUGGCAAAGAAUCUACUGGAAUAGAUUCCGAGGAGCAGGAGUGCUCAAUAAAAUGUUGGUUUCCAGCA